AUAAAGUUGAGCCAUUAUUUUCUCUGCAUUGUAAAAAUAUUCCAUAAAAGUUUUACAUGAAUAGAAUUUCUGUACAAGGAGGAGCUGAAAAGAAGUUUGCUUUAGCUAGAGAGGUUAAAAAAAAAAAAAGCAAAUCCAUGUUAACUUGUGUUUGAAGCAUAAGCAAAGUUGAUGGCUUGAAGUUUUGGAGGAAGCAAUGAGGACAAAGAGAAAGACAGACAAAAUAGGAAAGCACAGGCCAAUUUCCCAUGGACCACACCAAAAACAGUAAUCAUAUGUUUCAGUUUCAAACACAAAUAUCAUCUUCAUGAAAUCAAUGCGACCGAGUUACACAGAGACACCAUGCGAUUCUCCAAAGCUUCGUUCCACACUCUCCUCCUGCGCAAGCCUCGUGAAAACCACGUCGUUUUGUCGCGGCGUUUUGUGAUAACCUGCGCGGUGGGUGUCCUUGCGUUGGCGACGAGCCUCUACAUCAUGUGGCCGUCGGAUCCUGAUAUGAAGAUCGUGGGGCUGAGGCUGAGGCGUAUCAAGGUGCACCCUGUGCCGCCCAUCACCCUAGACAUUUCCAUGAUCCUGACACUGAGGGUGCACAACGCUGACGUCUACUCCAUGGACUUCGGGGCAGUCAACGUGGCAGUCGCCUACAGGGGGAAGAUGCUGGGGCACGUGAUGUCCAGGCAGGUGCACGUGAGGGCCAGGGGGUCUUCCUACGUGGACGCUGACGUGGAAUUUGCUGGGAUCAGUGUGCUUCCUGAGCUGGUGAUGUUGCUGGAGGACCUGGCUAAAGGUACUGUACCCUUUGAAACAAUUAGCCAGGCUCGGGGCCAAUUGGGUCUCUUCUUCUUUCACUUCCCCAUGAAGUGAUGCCACUCAGGGUCUGCUCAAGACUCAAGACUCGAAUUUAGAUAGGUGGAAUGGGAAGCACCAAUGUAAGUAUUAGUAAUUAGUGUUGUAGGCCCUAAAAGAUUAAGUACUAUUGUUGAUCGAUGAUACCCCCCAACCGUCUGUAUUCAAGUUACAUAGACUCUGAUUUCAUUGUAACAGUGGGUAAAGAUCAACUCAUAAAUUAUGCUUACAAUCCAUACAUUCUGAUUUUGUAACAAGAUACUUACAUUUUAAUUCUAUUUCUUUUCCGCUCUUCCUCAGAAUUCUUUUCUUGUAACGUUUUUAAUCAGAGCUAACUUGGGUUAUCUCUUUCUAUUUUUCCCAAACAAUAACAAUAACUCUGUUGGUUAGGGACUUAAGUUAAGGUGCUGCUUUAUU